UCGUUGCAAGACAAGCAAACGUACCAGUCAUCUAGCGCCCACGUGUGGUGAAAGUCUUUGCUUACCUAUUUUACCUCAUUGAAGACGCGCAACUGUUUUGUUUUUCGGAGAUUCAUCAUGGCGAUGCAUACGAAGGCGACACCACCACAGAUUCCCGACACACGUCGGGAACUCUCGGAACUGGUCAAGAGGAAACAAGAACUUGCGGAGACAUUGGUGAACUUGGAAAGACAGAUCUAUGCAUUUGAAGGCAGCUACUUGGAAGACACCCAGAUGUAUGGGAAUAUCAUUAGAGGAUGGGACAGAUACCUCACCAACCAAAAAAAUUCCAACAGCAAGACAGACAGAAGAAACAGAAAGUUCAAAGAGGCAGAGCGUCUGUUCAGCAAGUCUUCAGUCACUUCUGUAGCAGCUGUCUGUGCACUUGGCGGGAUACCAGAUCACAUGAAUGAAAAGCGUGAGCCCGGCAGUGGGACAGAGAGCGACACAUCCCCAGACCUCCAGAACCAGGAGAACGAGCCCAGUCAGGAGGACACGGAGGACGCAGACGGGGCACUGCAGGACCUCAAACCCCAGAAGGCUGCCUCAUCCUCCUCCGGAAGCCACCACGGGAGCCACAAGAAAAGGAAGAACAAAAACAGACACAGCCCUUCUGCCAUGUUUCAUUAUGACUUUGAAUUCGACAUGAAGGUGAACAAAAAACCCAGAGCGGACUAUUCUACUUGAGGAUGAAUGGAGGUGUUAAGCACUUCAGACCAGAACUGGCCACACAGGAGAUGUCUACAGUGAAACAGAGUCACUUCUCUGGGCUUUGUGAACUUUAUAUGCCUUAUGUUAACUGACUUGGUUUCUGCUAUGUGUAUAUUGCAUGAAAUGUUGCCCCUCCCACCUGCUCCUGGAAAUAUUUGUGUUUCAUGAUUUUCCUGCAGAAAAGUACAAGAUGUGUUAUUGCAUGUUACUCAAUACCCAGCUGGGGUUAUUGUAUAGUGUGGAACAUUCUAUAUUUAUCAUGUAACUUCACAUUACUGCUCUUGUGACAAAAAUAAUCAUAUUCUUUUUUUUGUCCUUGUGUAGUUUUGUAGCUCUAGAAUAUCACAGCUUCUUUUUUUCUCUCUUUUUUUUUAGAUUUGUUUAGCAUAAAAUUGGAAUAAAACAUUGAAAUUAUAAAUAUUACUGAAUAUAGUUGUUUAUGGUAAAAAUCUAAAUUUGUGAAUGUUUAGCCCACCAGAAGCAUUGAAAAUGACUUGCUGUUAAUCAAAAUCUCAUCUCUGUCUUUACUCUGCACUCUUCAGUAAUAAUAUAGCAGGGAAAUCAACAGGGAAGCUAGUUUAUGACCAACAUCUGUGUCUGACAGCAUCUACUGCCUGGUUUCAUUGUGGCUUCUUCAUGGCCCUGUUACCUGCCAAGGUGCUCAGAUGAGGCUCUCUCUAGUCCACCAGCUUAUUAUCAAAUAGCUCCCUAUUCCAUUUAUAAUGCACUACAUUUGACUGGUGAAGUUUCAGUGAGAUCAUGGAAAUUGUUUUAGUACUGUGUUCACCUUCAAACUGCUUUAUUCUGACACCCAAGUAUGAUUCAAAUGACUCUGUUUACACACAAAGAUAUGAAGUCAUUAUGGCGUUCCUAUGGUGGCAGUUUCAGAGAUUUGAGUUAGAUUUUUGAAUAGUGGCAGUUAGUGAGCCAGGGGGCAACAGGAUGACAACACAUGACCCAUGCCACGUUGGGGAGCAGUGAACUAUAUGUAGUUUAACUAGUAAUUGAACUACAUUUUACAGUAAUUUGGUGGUACUUGAACUAAAUUCAAAUCUUGGUCGUGUUUUCAGUAGUUAACUUUUUUGUUGUGUAGCUCUAACUACUAGAACUACACACUUUUGCAAAAGGAAAAUAAAAUAUGACUGAAGUAGGCAAUCAUUUAUUUUUUGGCAUCAUACCUGUCUAAUUCUCACUUGAAACAUUGUUUUGCUUUUAAUAGGCUAAAUUACACAUUCUGUUAACAUUUGACCCUAUUGUGAUCUGUUCUUGGAAUUUGUAGUCUUGACAUUUUCAGAUUUAGAUAUACUUUUUCACACAGUAGUUUGGAUGUAGUGAACUACAUUUUCAAAGCAACUUUAAGUAAAUUUAAUUUUUCUUAAGGGUAGCUUAAUGUCUGCCAGUGAGAUGUAAAUGUUAGUUUGGAAAUCUAUAUUUUAAGAGUAUCUUCUCCAACACUGGUCCCAUGCUAUUUCUAGAAUGUUCCCUGUGUGCGACCAGUACUGAUCAGGUGUGUAGUAUUGAAAUAGUUUGGUGAAUACAGACAAAGCUGUCAUUUUGAUCAUCCAGAUAACAAUAAAGUGUUACGUCUAUUUAAAGUA